AAACAUUCGCGGUAUGGGUGCACGCUGCACGCUGUCCGCCGCUUCGACCAACCCUCUUCUGGCUCUACCUCUCCGCAGCAACUUUUCCCCCCACCUCCAGGCUUUUGAAUAAGACCGAGUUGUAUAUCUAGAAGGUUAGGAUAUUAUUUUGCAUCGAGCUUUCCGACUCUGAAUCCUAUAGUUUGUUCGGCUAAAUCAGUGAUUUUUGACAAAAAAUAUAAGGACGGUACGACGGAAUUAACGUUACAGCUUGUUGAGGGACAAAGCGCGAAAUACAGCCAGGAUAACUUGCAGGGUUUGCAUGGAGGACUUCCAAACAACUAUAAACCUGUUAUCCGAGCCACUGGACGUAUACAAUGAUUGGAUAGAUGCAUGUGAAACUGCUAAUUGAGUUCUCUCAAGAAUAGUUUUAAAAUAACGUUUGCUGUACUCAAAGUCUGUACAGCAUCUCACUAUCAGGAUAUCUUUUAAUAAGUCGACCACUAGUUUAACUGGAUGAACUAAACCAUUAAGAUUUCAGUGAUCUUUGUGUCAAAAUUACAGUACUAAGCCUGCUUGUAAAGCAGAGGAUUCAGGAAGCGACAAAAAUCUACUUACAAAAAGUAGUUAUAUUAACAGAGUUUAAUUCUAUUCUUUUUAUAAACAAACACUCUGUUGAGUAUAAAUUUAUUAUACCGGUUUUAUUAUUCAAGUCUAAAGCAUAAAUUGCAAAAAUUUAUUCAUUAGUAAAUAAUGUAAUUAGUUUAUUUAUACACACAAAACUAUCGUCUAACGAAUAUAUCCAUUUACAUUUCGAAGAUUCAGAGAUUCAAAAUGUCUUUUCUUCAGAAAGAAAUUGUUAAAUCCAAAGCAAAUAAAUUGCCUGACCGUGGUGGACUAUCAUCUAGACUAGUGGAACACAGAGUUCCAAGCCAGAAGAGAGACUAUGAACCAGUUUCGUGGUCUCAGUACUUUGAUGAUAGAAAACCUGUUUCAGUGAAUGAUAAUACUUUUUACGUGUAUUCACAAGGAAGUGAAGGUCCCUUGUUAGUAUUACUACAUGGAGGUGGUUACAGUGCUCUCACAUGGUCUCAAUUCACAAAAUGCAUAAAUAGUUUAGUAACUUGUCAAGUUAUGGCCAUUGACCUAAGAGGUCAUGGAAGUUCCACUACAAAGGAUGAUGGUGAUCUUUCAAUCAACACACUAGCUACAGAUGUAGCCAGUAUAUUGGAAUCAGUAUCAGAAAAUCGACCUGUAAUUCUUGUUGGUCACAGCUUAGGAGGUGCUAUUGCUGUCAGGACAGCACCAUUGGUUCCAAAUGUGGUUGGUGUUGUUGUGAUCGAUGUAGUUGAAGGAACAGCACUUGAUGCUCUUAGAUCUAUGCAGGGCUUCCUACGCUCACGUCCAUCAACAUUCCCAACCAUAGCAAAAGCAGUAGAAUGGUGUGUUCGCAGUGGCCAAAUAAGAAACUUACAGUCUGCAAAAGUCUCUGUGCCUGGACAGAUAAAAAACGUUUCAAACGACACUCUGGGGGCAGAUGAUUUGGAGUCUGGGUCUAAAAGUGACAAUGCAAGUGUUACUGCUCCUGUUGGUGGACCUAUGGGUACUAUAAUGGAGGGUGAACUGAGCACACCUUCUGGACCACAAGAAAACAGUGAAUCCAAGUCUGGAAAAUAUACAUGGAGAAUCGACCUUGCUAAGACAGAAAAGUUCUGGAAUGAAUGGUUUCAUGGCCUCUCAUCAGCAUUUCUGGAAAUUGCAGCCCCAAAAAUGCUUCUUUUGGCAGGUGUGGACAGACUAGACAGAGAACUCACUGUUGGACAAAUGCAGGGCAAGUUCCAACUGCAAGUUCUCACAGCCUGUGGACACGCAGUCCAAGAGGAUGCACCUGAAAAAGUUGCAGAAGCUGUGGCCACAUUCUUGGUCCGACACAAGUACGCAGAGCCUACGGCUGAUUUCACCUGGUCUGUACCAGCCUGCUGAAAGGUCACCAUCCAAGAUUGGAAACUGAAUCUAAGUGUGCAUUUGAAUUGCAAAACAUGGUAAACAAAAGCAUAAAUAUAUAUAUAAAUUGAAAAUCCUGUAUUUAAGAAAACGUUUAAAUGAUUAUUUUAUGUAAAGUAUCUACAAACAUUUAAGACUAAGAUGUUAUCACAUAUAUGAUGAUUUGAAUUGUAUAAUGAUCCACGUUUGCAUUAUUCCGAAAUUUCUUCUUUUAUGUAUUAAUAAAAAUUGCUUUUGUAGAAAUCUUUUUAUUACCACAUAAUAAAAUAUUCGCUUUCCGCAAAACUGUAAA